CUCUGACGAACUCUAGGGUAGAAAUCCGUACCUCUCAAUGUCUAUAAUGAUGCAUUUAUAUCACAUACAAAACCCUAAACCUGAGCCCACUUAAAAACACAUUUUGGGCAUAAAACCUAUGGGGGUGUCCGGAUAGGGUUAGUGCUUAUCCGGACAGCAAGCUUCGAAGACGAAAAAUACUGCUUGCUGGAUUUGCCGUCUGGACAGGGUAAGGACCUGUCCGGACAGCCUCUGCUUUGGAGCUGGAGAAUGACUCUGUGGUUUUGCUGUCCGGACAGCCUAGUCCCCUGUCCGGACAGCCACUGCAAUAUGGAAGAAAUUCAAAUUUCUUUGGAUCUUUGGUUUUGAGCAACGGAUUAGCCAACAAGAACUAACAGUGGCACCGACGGAGAUGCUGACGAAGAGAUUGAAAGAGUGCACUAGGGAAGCUACCACAAGCUUUAUGGAAUGGGGGAGCUGUUGUCGGCGAGCUUGUUAAAGAUAUCGGUGAACUUAAGAAGAAACCACCGGAUUGGUACCAAGGAAAGCAAAGAGCUAGAUAAGCCACACAAAGGAACUGUCAAAACCAUUCAGGGUAAGGAUGGUGACGUAAUAGACUGUGUAGAUAUCUAUCAACAACCUGCUUUUGACCAUCCAUUGCUCAAGAAUCAUACAAUACAGAUGGAAUCCAGUUCAAUUCCAAAUGUAACAAAUGGAGAAUCCUACAAUGCUGAGUUGUUUCAAGGUUGGCAUGUGAAUGGAGAAUGCCCUGAAGGAACAAUCCCAAUUAGAAAUUCACGAGCGGAUGAAUAUUAUGCACCCCAUACUACACCCCAAGUUACACUUGAACAAGAUUAUGUUGCUGGUUAUGAGUACGCUACAGCUUAUAUGGAAAAGGGCCACUUCUAUGGAGCAAAUGCAUAUCUUAACUUAUGGAACCCAGUGAUAAAUGAUGGGCACCUUAGCACUUCUCAAAUAUGGAUUUUAUCAGGUACUCUUAGCGACACAAACAUGAUUGAAGUUGGAUGGCAGGUAACUACGCUUUCCAAGGAACCAGAGCUUUUCAUAUUCUGGACUCGUGAUAACGGCAAGGUUGGGUGUUUAAAUCUCAACUGUCCUGGUUUUGUGCAAACUAGCCGUAGAAUUGCACUUGGUUCUUCCUUAAGCCCCGUUUCAAGGUACAUGGGAAGCCAAUUUGAGAUAGGGAUAACUAUAUACAAGAGUUAUGGAAAUUGGUAUCUACGAGUGCAAAAUGAGGUACUUGGAUAUUGGCCUCGAUCCCUCUUCACAAAUUUAGCAGCCGUUGGUGAAAAAGUGAUGUGGGGUGGAACGGUUUACAGCUCAGGGACGAAAGACGGCAGUCACACAUCAGCUCAAAUGGGGAGCGGAAGUUUUCCGAAUGAAGGCUUUGGAAAAGCAAGUUAUAUUCGCAAUCUUCAAUACAUGAAUGGGGAUGGCACAUUCGAGGAUGCUGACAAGGGACUGCGAACAUUUGCAACAAGACCUGCGUGCUACAAUAUAAGUUUGGAAAACAAUAAGAAAGGAGCCUAUAGAACCCAUUUCUAUUUUGGGGGCCCUGGGUUUUCAAUAGCAUGUCCUUAAUUAGAAAGGAAAGAAGAAAACUUAGUAGAGUACUAAUAAAUCACAUAUUGGAGGGGUCAAAAUGUCCAAAACAAUAAUGAUAUCACCAGAGCUGGUGUCCUCCAAUAUUUGUAUUUUCAAUAAUACUGUUAAUAAGUUGAUAUUUGGUCAUUCCAUAA